CGGUUGGGUCAGAGUUGGUACGUGUUGACGUCUAAAACAGUCACUGGAAUCAACUCACCAAGUAGGUGACGAGGUUGGAGUCGUAUCGUAUUCCGCCAACGGCGUAGACUUGCGUUAAGCAACACACCAUUUGCGAUUUUCGAACAACUGAUCGGGUUGUUGAAUCCAAUUAUUUUCAGUUCAUUUUCAUCGGAGUAGAAAAACAAACACAGUUUACGGAAGAGAGAGAAAGAAAAGCCCAACAAUGGCGGGAAUCGCGGAUGAGGAUACAGCUCCUCUGAUAAUGUCACCGCCAUCUCCCAUUAUCCCAACGGCUGCAAUCGACAUUGAAGCCGGUCCUUCUGAACAAUUUCAAUGCCGUAUCUGUCUUGAAACUGACGGUAGAGACUUUAUUGCUCCAUGUAAGUGCAAGGGUACAUCAAAAUAUGUACACCGAGAGUGCUUGGAUCAAUGGCGAGCUGUGAAGGAAGGAUUUGCUUUUGCGCAUUGCACUACCUGCAAGGUUCCCUAUCAUCUGAGGGUUCAUGCUCUUGCUGACCGAAAAUGGCGGACCUUGAAAUUCCGUUUUUUUGUGACGAGAGAUAUUUUGUUUAUAUUUCUAGCUGUUCAGCUUGUGAUUACUUCAUUGGCAUAUCUAGUCUAUAUGGUUGAUGGCUAUCAAGAUUUUUGGCUUCAGAUUUAUUGGGGAUUUGAUAAACACUUCAGCUUCUUCUACAUUUGUGGCGCAUUAUUGUUUUUUGCUUUGCUUGGUUUGUCGGGUUGUUUCAUCACUUGUUAUGACAGAAGGGUGCGGAAUGAUCUGGCUCAACCUUGUAGAGAGCUUUGCCUUUGUUGCUGCCAUCCCGGGCUAUGCGCAGACUGCCACUUACCUGGUACGCUUUGUAUUUGGACCGACUGUACUGCUUGCUGUGAAGGUUGUGCCGGUUCAGUUGGUGAAUGUGGGAGUUGUUUGGGAGGUGCUGGAGAAGCCGGAUUACCAUUAUUGUUUAUAAUGGCUCUGGUUGUACUGGGAUUAUUCACUGUGAUUGGGAUAUUCUACAGUGUACUUGUGGCCACUAUGGUUGGUCAACGAAUUUGGCAACGACACUAUCACAUUCUUGCUAAAAGGAUGCUAACAAAGGAAUAUGUAGUCGAGGAUGUAGAUGGUGAGAUUUCGGGAUCGGAUUGGGCUCCCCCGCCUCUCCCAUCAGAGCAUGUGCAACAGCUUAAAUCACUAGGGCUUCUGUAAAACUAAUUUGCUGGAGAAGCAGGGGGUCGAGUGAUCCUAUACGCGAGCAAACUUUGGUGAUGGUUGCCACCUGCUUUAUUGUUUUUGUACAGGUAUAGUCUGAUUCCAUGCACAUACCAAGUUACCAAUAUGCUACUAUUACUUUGUCAUCACAUGAAAGUGCGAUGUAUUUCAUAGAUGAGUAUCCUGUAAACCGUAAUGUCAUAUCUUCAUAAAACUUAACUGGCUCAUCUUUGGGGCUUCUGUGUGAGAUUGAAAGUGUAGGGUGUUCUCUUGUUUCCCAUUUUUUGGUGAUGAAUUGAUGCUAACUGUUCCUUGUAGAUGUACAUUUAUUCUAUUGUCAAUGUGUAACAACUCGUAUCGUAUAAGUUGGAUUUUUCUAGCCAAAAACAAGGGAAACUACUUGAGUAGAUACUCAAGAUUUGCCCUAAGUUUCAUGUACUAGUAUCAAAAUCAGUUAAAUGCUUCAGUUAUUGCACUU